CGUUGGAUGACUAUCCUACUGAUACAGAUAUAGAUAUUUCUCAUCAAAAUUGCUUUCAUGCAUAUGAUGGUCGAAAUCGAUGGUUUGAUAAAGCAAUUCAAGUACUUGUAGCAAAUAAUGGGCAUCCACCAAAUGCAUCUCCCAUUGAGUUAUCAUCUCCUCAAUACUUGAAAUGGGUUGUUGAUAAUUCUAUAAUGAACACUAUUCAACAAGCGCAAAUCAAUAUUCAAGCUGCAAUAGAUAAUCUUGAUAGUGUUUUAUUGCACUACAAUGAAUAUGGUUCCGAGUGGCUAAAAAAUGCUAAGGUCAGUCCUGAUGCAUUUGUUCAGAUGGCAAUGCAACUUGCAUAUUAUAAACGCUAUGGUGAACCAUGUGCGACUUAUGAAUCUGCUUCUACUAGAGCUUUUUUACAUGGUCGUACUGAAACUACGAGAACUUGCUCUGUGGACACUGUUGCAUUUACCAAAGCUUUUUAUGAUCCAAAUGUCAAUAAAGAUGAAAAAAUUUCUUUACUUAUGAAAGCUAUUAAAUCACAUACUGAGUAUAUGAUUUCUGCUUCUAAUGGUCUUCGAUGCCAAAUCCGUGAUGAAGAAGAAAAAUCUAAGGCAACAUUAUUUAAAGAUCCUUCAUAUGUUCAAUCUAUGUCCUUUAAACUUUCUACUUCAAAUAUGAGCCCUGCAUUUGGUUUUCAUUGUGGUUUUGGUGCUGUAGUUCCUGAUGGUUAUGGAAUUUGCUAUGCUAUUGGAAAAGACAAAUUGAAAAUUAGUAUUAGUAGUUAUAAAAAAUGCAAAGAAACUGAUA